AUGCCGCUGCCGCUCAAGGUGCGCCUCGCCAUCCGCCAAGCCUGGGACGACCCCUCAUCCCCGUCCCAAAAGGCCCUCCAGGCCCUCUCCGACACCCUCGGGCGCCCCAUCGCCUGCGACCCCGACUGGGACGUCCUCCACGCCGUCCUCUCGCCCCUCUACGCCAGCGACGCCGCGCAGCUCGUCUCCGACACAACCGGCUACAUCCAGAGCUGGGCCCGCGCCGCCCACGACGUGCUCCAGGACGACGAUGCCCUCGCCGACAACCUGCUCGAGGCCAUGGCCCAGCGCGGGGCGCGCACCCUCCCGCUCGCCAUCCAAGUCUCCCCGUCCGACCCCCAAACACGGUGGGACUCGCAGCGCGCAGGCUUCGAGCUGCUCGCCCCGCGCGAGCCGCGCCAGCACCCCACGACAGCCGCGGUGCCCGCCUUCCGCGCGCAAAUCACCAGCGCCCUGCACGCCAAGACGCCGCCCGACGCCGCAGACGGCGACGAAUGGGCCGACCUGGCCGUCCCGGCGGCCGCGGCAACGGUGCCCGUGAGCCCAGGCCUCGACGACACGGAGCCCGCCUACCUGCCCGACGUCAACACCCUCCCGCGCCCGGAUGAGCUGCUGCUGCGGCCGCCGUACCACCUGCACAUUGCCCAGGCGUCCGCCAUCACCGUCCAGUGCAGCCACAGCCCGUCGCUGAGCUUCCUGGAAGCCUACUUCAAGAAGUGGUGUCGGACAAACAAUCAACUGACAAACAGGCCGCCCAUGGUUUACGUCACGCUCAGCCAGAGCCCCUUUGGUCUUGGGCCUUUAUACGACACGCUGACUCUGGAAGUCCCACGCGAUCAUCACAGAGCCAGCGGCUUGCCGCCCCAGCUGUCAAUUCCCAUUGUGCUGCAUCUGGUAGAGAGUGUGUUGGGAUACACGCGGGUAUUCUCCGAUGCAUCUGGCUGGCAAUAUCGCAGGGAUACCCCAUUGAGGAGCAUAUAA